AUGAAUAUUACAAAUGAAAUGACAGUGACAUCAAUAAAAAAAUUUCGAUUAUUUUUGGAAAGUAUUAUAGCAAUUAAAAAUAAUAUAUUGAAAGACUAUGAUGAUAUACCAGCCACAUUUUCUCAUUACGAUAAAGAUCAAAAUUAUAUUAAAUUAUUAGAUAAAGCACGUGGAUGUGCUGCUAAAUGUAAGUUAGAAAUGACUUUUUGAUUUAAUAUUCAAUUUACUCUUUCUGAAGGCAUAAUUGCCAAUCUUCAUUUUUUUCCGUGUUAAUAGGUUCAUGCUGUUUACGUUCGUGUGAUGCUGACCAUAGUCUAGUGGAAUCAAAUCCUGGUAUGUGUGCUUUUUUGUUGCGAUAUCUCCUACUCGAAACGAUCGGCUGCCGGUUUUUUAUGUCAUUAGAUGACGGGGUUUGAGUCUUUGUAACGUAACCAUAAUGUAAUCUUUGCGAGCAAUUUAAGGUUGAUUUUCUAGCUUGAUUUGUAUUCUCUAUGCCAUUAUCAGUGGACGUUCAUAGAAACUUAGUCGACAUCUCAUUUUGUAGAAAAUCGAAUGGGCUAUAUAAUGAUGUAAUCGCAAAUGUUGAACAGUAAAUCAUAAGGACACUAUGUACACCAUUUUUCUUGAUUGCAGUAUAUACAGUCUUGACCGAUCUUUCAUUAAAGGACAAACUCAUGGUUACGUUAGGGACUAUAGUCAGUAAACAAGCAUGACGUUGUGCCAAACUCACUGGAAAGCGAUGAAAAAUGGCUUGUUUUUAACUGUGAGAGUAAAAUACCAAUAACUUUGUUCUAUAAAGCUAGAGACCUAUGGUUUUCACCGCCCGAUUUGACAUGAGUUGCCUGAUUCGAGUUCGAAUAUAAAUCGACCUCAACUGCUUACUAUCACUUCGAAAAUAAAUGGUUGGACAUAACUAUAUAUAUAUACAUAGGUAGGAUUAUAUCUUGUAGAUGC